GCAUAGUAUCAGAUUAUAACCCAGGCAGGCUCAAUAAACGAUCCGGCAGGGAUCCAUUGAAUUUGCCCAUUGGACUGGCAAGCAGGUCAUAUGUAGUGUGAGAUCAAUGCCAAGCAUUGGUAUUGUCAGUGCCGUGCAUCACGGCUGGAAUCCCAAUACUGGUUCUGUAUUAUGUUUUCAUAGGCUGUACGCCAUCGCAAAGCACAGGCAAUAUUGGCUUGUUGGUGGAUAUGGUAAAUUGAGUAUGCUCACGAUUGAAGUGCCAGGGAAGGACUCGAAGCUUAUAGCAUUGUUAGCAAGGAGAUGGUAGUGGUGGUGUAUGCACGUAGCCUACCGGAACCGGGUCAGUUCAGGCUUUGGGAUUGCUGAAGCCUUGUCACCGUAGUAUAAUUCUGGUUGACAUCACUCGCUCGCGCCGGCUGCUACGUCUCAUUGUUACACCCAGCUAUACUAGGAAAUUCAACCGAUAGGAGAGGAAUACAGGUCUUCAUCUAUGCUUAUUUUGGAGUAUAUAUCAUAGCUUAUUAAUGUUUGUGUGUAUUACCGGCAACCAGGAAGUAACAUUUUGUACUACUAUCUACCCAUGAGUAUGAUCUAGCGAUUAAUUGAUCUAGGUCAGACAGCAUUGCUUGUUUAAUUAACGAGGAAAGAUUAUCUCCUUGAAGGGUGGUAUUUUUACUAUUGCACCCUUCAACAGGCAAUAUAAUGUGGAUAUUGACUGUAAGCUGUUCCAGUGUACUUUUGUUCCAUUGAUAAGCUGAGGUUAGAUGUUGUUGCACAAGGAACAGGUUUAUCUCGUGGUGAUAUUACAUUGUCAUUAAUUAUUAAGGUGUGAUAUUCUGACUAUUGAACCCUUCAACAGGCAAUAAAACAUGAAUAUUGACUAAAGUUUUUUUUUAGCGCUUGAUCCAUUGAUUAUCGGAUCGAGGUCCAGCUUUAUUUGCUUACUGCAUAAUAGCAAGGACAUACAUGUAUUCACCCCAUGAGGACAUUUCAUCAUCAUUGAAGUGCAAUAUUGUAACUAUUGAACUCCCUCAACUGACAAUAUGAUGUGAUUAUUGACUGUUUGGUUUUCCAGAAUAUAUUCCAUUGAUUGUCAGAGGUCAGACCGUACUGGUAGCUGCAUAACAAGGACAAGUUUAUCUCAGGAUUGUAAUAAGUUAUGUGAUAUUUUGUAAAAUUUAACUCUCCAACUGGGCAGUAGUUUCUUCACAUUGACUGUGGGUCUGUGAGCUAAUUAUAUUCCUCCUUUGAAAAUAUCCAAGAGUGCUUGCCAGAGGUAUAUUGUAUUAUAUUACUUCCCACUCCUGAAGGUUAGCUCAUCACCCCAAGCUCAGGUAAAUCCUUGCUUUUUAUUGGUUGAAAUACAUGUACCCUGGUACCUGUACACUGAGGUCGACCUCAUCGAGUUCAUGCUUGUACAUGCGCAAGAUUCAUUCAUUACAAAACGGAAACACCAACUCAUUAGGAUUCCUGGCUGUUGCCAGCUCACAUUGAGACAGUCAGCAGUGAAAUUGAUUGAUCACCGAGCGCAUGAAUUAUCUUGUGGGAAUACACUGGAGUUUCGAUUAGCAUGAAACUUAUUUUAAUUUCUUCGGAAUUGAAAUAUCAAGUGAAAAGCACAAUUGUUUUGAGGAAAGAAUAUCUCUACAAACUUGACGUAGUGAAGAGACUUUUUUUGCUGUGCAUUCAUGAAAACAUAUUUGAUCAUAAUACAUUGUUGAUGUAGGUAAACUGUUAUUGGUGGAAUUAUGCAUGAAUGGUAGCUUUACAAAUAAUGAUAGAGCAGUGAUAUUUGAGAAUCAAGUACUUUGGAAUAAAUCCAUAUAUCAGCAUUCUGCCUCACCGCACUUUGCCGUCAGCUGUGUGGAAGGUACCAGGCUCUUUAACAUUUUGAUUUUGAUUGUCCUUGGAGCUGGAAGCAUCUCACAUUACCAGAACAUUCAUUCUAAUCACUUCAGACAACGCGGCUUUACAUGCUCGUUGUCUUGCUCUUAUAUUCUGAUUCUCAUUAUGGUUGCCAUGGAAACAGUGCUCUAGAGAGCUAUUCAGAUAACUCUUUGGUAUUAGAGUCUACUGCGACACCUCGCUGUUUACAUUUCUACUGCUAUCGCCAGACACAAUCAGAGAGUUUGGGGUGCAUUAGAGGAUUGCCGCUCCCAAUAGAAUAAGUCUUUUCUUGCGGAAGUGAUUUGACGGAUAACUUGCCGAGAUGAUUGAUAUCGAAGAGGCGAUGGAUGCGGACAUGGAGGAGAAUCCAGAAGAUAAGAUAAAGACUUUGGAGCCUCUUAGAGUUCGAUCCUACUCCGAGUCCUAUGUUAAAAAGAAAGAGGAGGAAGACAUGACCUUUGUGCGGUUCAUGAAGAAUCACAAAUGCUACGAGAUCAUCCCCACCAGCUCCAAACUAGUCGUCUUCGAUGCAGAGUUAUUGGUAAAGAAGGCUUUCUAUGCUUUGGUGUACAAUGGCGUCAGAGCGGCUCCGCUAUGGGACAGCACAAAACAAGACUUUGUGGGUAUGCUGACAAUAACAGAUUUCAUCAACAUCCUUCAGUACUAUUACAAAUCACCAUUGGUUAAAAUGGAUGAGUUAGAAGAGCACAAGAUAGCAACAUGGCGAGAGGUGUUAAAGGAGAAAGCCAGACCGCUUGUAUGGAUCAAUCCAGACCAAAGUUUGUUUGAAGCUGUUAAGAUGUUGAUUCAACAGAAGAUCCACAGGUUACCUGUUAUAGACCAAGCCACAGGAAACGUCAUCUACAUCCUAACUCACAAACGGAUACUCAAGUUCCUUGCUCUGCUGCAAAAAACUGAAAUAAAGAGCCCAUCUUUCCUGAAGAAGACACUGAAAGAACUCAACAUUGGGACAUACAACAACAUCGCCACUGCCCGACCAGAUACACCUCUGAUAACAGCUCUCAGUAUGUUCAUCAAUAAGAGGGUAUCAGCCUUGCCUAUCGUUGAUGAGAACAACAAGAUUGUUGACAUCUAUGCCAAGUUUGAUGUCAUCAAUCUUGCCGCUGAGAAGACGUAUAAUAAUCUAGACAUCACAAUCCAACAAGCUCUACAGUUCCGACAGACGUACUUUGAAGGUGUGAGUACUUGCAAAGCUACGGAGACGUUAGAAACAAUCAUGGAUAGGAUCAUCAAAGCUGGGGUCCAUAGGUUAGUUGUGACCGACGAUGAGAAGCAUGUAAUAGGUAUCAUCUCACUCUCAGACAUCCUCAAUAGUUUAGUGCUCAAACCAGCGGGUGUACCCAGUAGAAAGAGCAGCUCAUCUUCAUCAACACAGGGGUCACCACGGGUAUAGCAAGGUCACCUGCAGAGGGCGGUAUAUAAGAAGUACUAGCAUUUAGGUAUCGCUUCCAACCUUCCUCAUGGAUCUUAUCAAAGAAGGUUUUGUGUUCAAAGAGAACCAGUAAGGACACUGAGGGAUGGUGACUCCGGCAAAGGUUUGCCUGACAUGGCAUCCUGUUCUCUUACAGGUCAUGCGAGGCCACACUCUCCAUUGGUCUAUUACCAUUUGGUCCUUUAGACAGUUUGUCAGACUCUUUGUGGUCUGACUUACGAUGUCUCCAGCCAGUUUGUCUACUUGCCAUGCUGUCUAUUUUGCUACCCCAUUCAUACGCUUUGACUAAUUUCACUUGAACAAAGAAAAACUGGUUAUUUGACCAAGAAGUAUUAUACCAAGUGAUGAGGGUUAGUGCCAGUUAAAAAAAAAAUGUGAAGCAAAAGGUUUGGCCCAAAUGAUGAAAGACCAGUUGAAAAAUUGACCAAGUGAGGUUAAGCCAUGUGUGAAAAAGCCUUCAACCACCCAAGUUGUUCCGUGAUAUAUUUUCACCAUCUUAUUUCACUGUCAACACUUUGUUAUGAAAUAAUAAAUUGUAUUUUAUUUUUAUUGAAGAAUAAUUAUAGAAUCGCUCAAAGCACACUGUUGAGUAAAAAUUAUUUUUAGUUUUGUUUACAGAACCUUAGGCAAUAUAUCAUUCACUGGCACGUGUGUACUGAGUUACUUGUUUGUGUAUUAUUGGCUUUUCAAAAGCAACAUUUCAGACAAGAAUUGAAAUGACCUUUAAGCCUACAUCUAUUGUAGGCUAUUCCAGAAUCGCAAACUCUCCAUGUGUAGAUAAUUGGUAAAUGUCACUGCAUUGCUUUAGAUUUUUUUAUUAAUUCGAUAUCACAUUGUGCUAGUCUUGGUUGUAUAGUGAAAAUGUUCUUCUGCAAGCUCAAAAUGGCACUUUUGCCUGGAAUGUGUCCAUGGGCCCCUUGGUCAGCGUUGGACCAACUGAUUGUGGACAUUGGAUCCAACAUCAGGGGUCAUGAGACGAAUGAGCUUUGUGGUGUGCAAAUGCAAUCUAAGCUACAUUGGGGAAGGAUAGAGCCCUGGUAAUGUCAUCAGAUGGUGACUUAGUGGGGGUCCCAGACUUUAAUAUUCACAUCUGAGUGGUACGUCUCUAAAAGCUCAUCCACACACACUCACCAGUACAGAGCAUUUACCAAUGCGAUGUGUGACACUGAAAAUUUUACCAAUUCUGUGGAUUCGCAAUAUGGUGCGCCAUCUAUCGGUUGCAGAGGACAGGCCGAAAUUUGCAAUGCAUCAUGGGAAAAAGUGUACAUGUGUUGCGCGUGCUAGUACCAAAGUGAAUGCAUGCAUGCGAUUAUUCAGAGCUCGACUGAAUAUGCUGUUUACUAGGGUACAGGAGGUAGGAGAUAAAUUUGCCUGCAUAUUUCUUUGCAAAAUUUAGACCGUUUUGGGUGUGAAUUCUUGCCAUAUGGUUUUCACUUUUGAAGCACCAGCACUGUGCGCUGCCUGCGCCUGCGCGCGAUGUUGACCACAAAGUUAGAAAUUUGGCCUGUUCACUGCAACCGAUAGAUGGAGCACUAUUUUGUGAAUCCACUGAAUUCUGAUCAGACUUGAAUGAGCAAAUAUUAAAAUUUCCAAGUUCACCCAGUUGCCAAAGAAUGUUACCCAAUCUGAUGAGACUGAGAGAUGAAAGGAAAGGGGAACUGAUGUACAUUAGAGAGCAAACUUAGUGUGGAUCUGAUUUUUUUUUUUCACUGGAAUUUGUUUUAUCUUAUUUCUUGAAGUUAAUCUGUAGGCCAUGAAAUAAUCUCAGGAAUAUUUAAUUUCAAGGGUCCAUUUGCUUUAAAUUAUUUAACAUCCUGAUGAAUUGAUCAUUGAUCUGUAUUUCUUAUGCUAAAAAACAAAGCUUAGAAGGUUUUCAAAGAUGUUUAUGAAUUUAUGCAUGGGUACGCUGAUGUUGUAAUUGACACCCAAACAGUCCAUGAUUAUCAAAAUUAGACUUGGAUCUAUAAUUACAGUAUAUGCAAAAUCCUGUGAAUUGUGAUGGGUAUGUUCUACCUACCUAAAAAUAAAACAUCUUACCACACUUAUAUCAAAGAUCAUAUGUAAUAAUUAUAUUAACUCCUUAUUCAUAUUUCAAAUUGGAACAUCCUGUCAAUUCAUUUUAUCAUAAUUUUCGUUUCUAUUUCCUCUGGUUUUACAAGGAACAGAGACUUAUUUUACCAUCUUUUUUGUUUCAUUGCAAUAAUUUCUAUUUUUAACUCAUUUUUGUGAAGUGAUUGCGAUUGCUUACGUUACUUGUUAUUUCAUUUAUUUUUUUUCCUUUUUUGCCAAACUGUAUAAAUGUAUAUAGAAAGUGAAAUGAGAUAAUUUGUAGAUCAGUGUUUUUGAAAUAUUUAAUAUUGACACCACUGCAGAUCACUGGAUUAUUUUGUCGCUUGGUUUCUUGCAGAUGUUAAUUAAGUACAUCACU